ACCCCCCCGCCGUGGAGCCCACGUUCCUGGAGAUCCGGCAGGGCCAGGGCCGCAGCGUCACCAUGAGCUGCCGCGUGCUCCGCGCGUACCCCACGCGCGUGCUGACCUACGAGUGGCGCCUGGGCACCAAGCUGCUCCGCACCGGCCAGUUCGACCUGCAGGACUCCACCGACUACACCGUGGGCAGCCUGGCCAGGGACAGCUACGGCCUCUACAACUGCAACAUCAUCAACGAGGCCGGCGCCGGGCGCUGCAGCUUCCUCGUCACAGGCAAAGCCUACGCCCCCGAGUUCUACUACGACACCUACAACCCGCUGUGGCAGAACCGGCCCCGGGUGUAUUCCUACAGCCUGCAGUGGACGCAGAUGAACCCCAGCGCCGUGGAUCGCAUCCUCGCCUACCGCCUGGGCAUCCGCCAGGCCGGCCAGCAGCGCUGGUGGGAGCAGGAGAUCUCCGUCAACGGGAACAUCCAGAAGGGAGAGCUGAUCACCUACAACCUCACCGAGCUCAUCAAGCCAGAGGCCUACGAGGUCAGACUGACACCCAUCACCAGAUUUGGGGAGGGGGACUCCACGAUUCGGGUCAUCAAAUACAGCGCUCCAGUGAAUCCUCAUCUACGAGAGUUCCACUGUGGCUUCGAGGAUGGCAACAUUUGCCUCUUCACUCAAGACGACACAGACAACUUUGACUGGACGAAGCAGAGCACUGCCACGAGGGACACCAAGUACACCCCCAACACGGGGCCCAACGCCGACAGGACGGGCUCCAAGGAAG